UGUAAACAUUCAUGAUUGGUUUACGCUGCUGACACCAAAACUUCGCCUCCAUCCCACCCGUACUUGUUUACCUUUCGGUGCCAUCUACACCGACAGACGACACAACUAAGGCUGGCUUCCCCUUCCUCGUUGCUCUCGUUUUUCUACUUCUUUUACCCACAACACAUCUAGUCUUCUGAUCUUGUCUUCGCUAAAUGAUUCUAUCUCCCAAUCCUCCAUUCUCUUGCGGGAUUAUGGAGCUAAUAAGAAUGCUUAAUGAUCUUUUCAAAUCUACAAGAAAAGAUGCAGUGGAUGUAGAACGCGAUAGGUUAAGCAGCUUGCCAGAUAAACUAAUUCAUAAAAUCCUGCUCAACAUCAAAGAUGCAAUUAGCACUAGUGUAUUGUCAUCUAGAUGGAGGUUUAUCUGGACAUCAAUGCCCUAUUUGAAUUUUGAGAAUCUCAAUAAUGAGUGCCACUUUUCCAAUUUUAUUUCUAAUGUUCUCUUACACCGUGAUAAUCAAGUAAAUUCUUCAGUCAAUCUCGUUCUUGACAGAACAGUUAGGGACGAUGAAUCUGUCACAAGAAUUCUCAGCUGCAAAUUCUCUCACAGUCUCCAACAACUGAGUGUUACACGUUUGCCUGGAGGGAAUAUAGUUGAAUGCCCAUAUUCCUUUAUUGCGACACCGAAGUGGGACCUCCCAGCUUUAACGACUUUGCAUCUUCACCAAGUCGAACUGUCUGAUUAUGAUGAUAUUGGUCUUUUCUCCAAGUGCACCAACUUGAAGAACCUCUCCUUGAACCGGUGCAGAGUGACGGAAACCAAAGUUUUAAAUAUCUGUCAUCCUCGACUUUCUGAUCUGACACUUGUAUCUACACCCCCUGAUAUAGAAUUAGAGGAGGUUGUGAAUGUGGUUACACCUCAACUAAAGAAUCUCACAAUUAUAAGGUGCGAAGGGGAGCAUCUGAUUUCUGCACCUGACCUUACCUCCUUGGUCAUAGAAGGUUUUCAACCUGCUUCCAUUUUUUGGAGAAGGUUGAACUCUUUAUGUACGAUCCACACAAAGCAGAAACUCAUAGUAUAGUUUGUUUGCUUCAACAGCUCAAUAGUGUCAAGUUUCUUACACUUAACUUGGGGAUUCUCAAGGUAUUGGUCAUCUAAUUUCCUUUUGUUUUAUCUUUUGCAGUGUCUCUUUUCACAAAGGAAGGUAUAUCAAGAUCCAUGAAACUAGUCCCACAUAAAGCUUGUGCGUUUGCUAACACAAAGAUUCUGAAGUUUACAAUAAAACCGGUAGUAAAGGUAUACUUGGAGGUGCGGGCACAAGAGGAAGUAACUAUGUGUACUGAAAUAAAAGACGAUGAUGAUACUUCUCCAAUCCCCAUCUUCCCAAUGGUCUCAUGUGAGGAGAUUACAGCUAUGGAGAAUAUGGCAUCAGCACAAGUAUUUGUAAAACACUUGGGGAUAUUGCUAGAGGAGUGUAAGCAAAAUAGAAAUAGCGAGGAUUACCAGGCUCAGAGGGAUGUACAUAGCAAACCAUACGUUGAGAUGCACUGGGCGUGGAAAUUACAAUGGAACCUUAAGGCAAUUAUGGGAGUGUUUAAGCAUAAGAAAAUGAAAGCAAAAUUAGAUAAUUAUCUCAUGAUGGCACAAAUUACGAAAAAGUAUAUUAAUAGGCGUGAUUGCACGAAAUCCAUGAAUCACCCCAUUCUUGGAUGGUUGGACGAAAUGCGUGGAUUGUUUCAGCACACUGGACACUUGAUAACUCAGUUGUCUGCAUCAAAGAAGGCGGUGUUGCUACCAUUUUUUUUGAGUUUGUGUGAAGAUGCUACAAUUCUCACGAUUAAUAUUUUGGGAUGGAUUAACACCAUAAAGUAAUCUCAAGAGACCACUGCACUUAUUUUUUUAGUAUUAAUUUUUAUGUCGGUUUUAUACUGUUAUGCUAAAAGUCAAGAUUCAUGGGUGAUUGUUUUAUUUUUCGUGGAUGUUAUUUGAAAAUUUAAUUUAAACAUCAAGUAUUUAAAAUAAUAAAAUAA